CCGCCGCCGCCGCAGCCUCUCCGCGCCGAAGACGACCAACAGCGGCAGAGGAUGCGGGGCUCUCGCUGCCGCCUCCCGAUUGGCUCCCGGCAGGAGGGGGCGUGGCGCCAAGGCCCGCCCUCUCGAAGCCUGUUCUCCGGCGGAGAGUGUGGCCUGGCGCAGAGGGGCGGGGUCUUCGCGCUAGGCCCGCCCCUUGCUCCCCCUUCCUUCCGGGGCGGGCCUAGACCUAUCCGUCGCCAUGGCGACCCCGCAGCGCAGGCUCCCCGAGGGGCGGGGUGCGGCUCCUCCCGGCGUCCCUUGCACGCCCCCUCCCUCCCUCCUUUCUCUGCUUCGGCGGCGAAGGCGAAGAUGGAUUCCGCGGAGGCGGAGACCGGAGCAGGAGGCCUGAGCCCGGCCCUGGAGCCGCUCCCGCCGCCGGAGAAGGGCCGCCUGCAGCAGGGCAGGGCCGCCAGGGAGCCCCAGGAGGACGAGGGAGGAGACCAGGCGGCGGCGGCGGCGGCGGCGGAAGCGGAGGGCCUGGUCCCGGGGGAAGGCCCUGCCUCCUGCUCCUCGCAGCUGCCCCCGGGCGCCCUGGCCCUCUCCCAGAGCCAGGACCUGCUGCCCGGAGGAAGCCAAGAUGGAGGCCGGGAGAUGGGCCCCGCCGAGGGAGAACCAGGAGGAGGAGAAGGCCAGGAGGAGGAGGGCGGCGGAGGAGAGCGCGAUGGAGAAGCCGCAGAGGCAGAGCUGACCGGACCUGAGAGGUCUGGCAUCUUGAUGAGUGGCACUGCCAACUUUCUGCAGCACUGUAGAGAAGAAACCCGCUCUCUGACUUCUCCCAAAGGGCCAGGAGCGAGCGAUCCCUCUGCCUGGGAGUCGCAGGACGCCCCGCUUCUGUCUACACAGGAGGAUCUCUUUGGCCAGAGCCAGAGUGGAACAACAGUUCCAGGUGGCAGCUGUGCCAUGUCCAGUGCAGAAGAAGCCAGCGCUUCCACUUCUACUCCUGCUGAUUCACUGCUGGUCCUUCAUCUUUCUGGUUGUGUUUCAGGUCCUGCCUUGCCAUCUUGUGGUGCCUUGGGACCUGUGCCGCUUAUUACCCCAAGAAGCCCAACGAAUUUGGAUAUAGAAGAUGGAAAGCAGGAAGAGGAGUCACUAGAGGCCCAAGGUCUGGGGCUCCCUCGAGUACCUGCUCCUCCGUCUCCCACGUCUAUUCCCAUCCCAUCCCAGCCAGACUUUUCCCACGACACCUUUCUCCCCACUCCCAGCUUGGAGGACGGGCCUAAGGCACGAACAGAGAAAGAUAGAUCUGGUGUGGCUGGCUUGGCAGCAGUUGAGAGCUCAGAAGAGUUAGUGAUGGGAGCCAAACUGGUGGGAGACCGAGAGCCCUCCCUGACAGAAGGCCCACUGUUGCCACUUCCAGGGGAGGUCUGCGCUUUGACCCUGUCUGGGAGCGAGGAUACCCAGCCCACUGAGCUGACGGGCAGCAUGGUGCCACCUGAGGUAGUGGCUGGAGCAGUUCCUGGCACUUCAGCCGGAAAGCCUGGCUCUACUAGAAGCCCCAACAAACACCCGUUGGGUGCGGACAGCCAGGCCUUGCUUGGGAGUCCUGAUGAAGGCACUUCCCCUGUUCCAGCUGGAGGCCGAGAAGAGGCCCCUGGGAAUCAGGGCAGCCUGGAGGAUGGAGCUGUGCCAAAGCUCUCUUGGGAGGAACCAAGCAAGAGGAGGCCUUCCCAAGAGGAAGAGGGGACAGGACAAGCAGUUGCAUCCACUGCAGCGAGGGCAGAACCCCAGAGUGUGUCCUCAGUGACUGGAGAGUCAGCCUGGGCAGAGACCCUGGAAGAGUCUGCUGCCUGCCAGGCUGCUUUGGGAGAGACAUGCCCUGGGACUAUACAGCAGCCACUUGGUUCUCAGAGCCCCCAGCCUGAGGGGCCAGAGGGAACUGGGUCCCAGGGCAGCAGGAGCACCAGCCUUAGUGUGAACUCACUUGCAGGUCAGCUUAAACCCGAGAGGGAACAGGCCAAGAUGGAGAAGGAUGCCCUACCUGUCAGGGCUCUCCCCCAGCAGGAUGGUGUGCCAGUGAGAUUAGCUGCAUGUUUAGCGCAGGGUAGUGAGGAGCUGGCAGUGGAUGGAAGUGAAGAGGCCCUCCUGGGCAACUUGCCUGGGAAGGAGGAGGAGGAAGAGCUGGCAGCAGCCACGGCCCCCAUCACCAAGGGAGCUGAAGAGGGGCCAUGGAGCCACGAAGCCCUCAACCCAUUGGCUAGCCUGUCUGUUGGAAACCCCGUCCUGAAGGAGAGAGGAGCUCUUCUGCCCCUGGCUAGCAACACUCCGCCCCUCAUCGGCCAGCUGAAAACAAGGCUCCGGCACAGCACACCCAUCGAGUUUGGGGGCUGCCCAGAGAGCACCAUCACCACCAGUAACAUCACAGCAGAAAGCAGCCGUGCCGAGACCAUGGAGAGCCCUCUGGCCUCAGCUGAGAUGGAAGAGAGCUGCCAAGGGAGUGUUGGGCGGAUCGGCCGGGAUGCCGAGGAGGGGAAGCUAUCAUUGCGGAUGAGCCUGGUGACUCCUGUGACUGAGGAGAGCGAGGGGUCUCUGCCCUUCACUUUGGAGAAACCCACAGUUGGCAGAGAGAAGAAUGGGUCUCUCCCAGGAACUGUUUCUAGCCCUCAGAAGAUUCCGCCUGUGUUUGCCCGUAUCUGUGAAGCCCAGCACACCGGCCAGACUCAGGGCCCCCAGCGCUCUUCUUUACCCUUCAGGGGUGGCCUGUUUCAUUUCCCAAGUUCCCAGGAGGAGCAGGAGGAGGAACAGCACCCACCCAGGGCCUGGCUUGAUCCCCAGGCUUGUGGGCAGAAGCUGCGUGCAGAGGGACCAGCUGGCUGCGUGGAGAAGGAAGAAGAGCACAUGGAGACAGAGGCUGUGGAAGCUCAAGAGGAGGAGACUGAGCGGAGAGCUCCAAACAGGCCUCACUCUGUUCUCCCUACGAAAGGGGAUGAUUCUGCUUUCACCCCAAGAGCCAGCAGCAACAAAGGGAUCCAGACAGCAGCAGAGGGGGUCCAAGAUCCAUUGGGCUUUGCGUCUGCAGCCACGCAGACGGGUGCUUGCAGUUGGGUGGAAGUAGGAACUAGCAUGGCCAGGGCCUGGCCUGAGCGGCAGGAUGCAAAAACUCAGACAGAAGCGGAGUGUGCAGAGGCCCCUGCCAGGAUGCCCCCCUGCCAGGACGCUCUGCCCAACCAGAGUGAGGAAGACGUGGUUUCACCCUGCCCUCCAAGAGUGCUACAGCGCCACAUGCGGACCAUCCGUGAAGUGCGCACUGUCGUGACACGGAUCAUAACGGACAUCUACUACAAGGAUGGGGCUGAACUGGAGCGCAAGGUGGUUGAGGAGAGUGAGGAGCCCGUUGUAGAGCGCCAGGAGUCUGAGCGGGCCCUUUCUCCUUCCCGCACAGGUGGAUCUUCUCUCACCUCUGGAGAUCUUGGCGAUGUCAGUUCCUUUUCCUCUAAGGCCUCUGGACUCCAGCAAACUUCCAGUGGAGGGAGCAGCGCCUUCUCGGUCACUUGCAGCAGCAUGAGUUCUGGCCAAGGAGGGGUGCCUUUCAAGGGGGGAGCUUGUCAAGGAACCGGGCCUGGAGACUUGGCCUUGUGUGGCGCCAGGAAGCCCAGGGGCAGCCUACCAGCGUCAGCCUUGCCCACAGAGAACCACUCUGUGCCUUCGACUGGCCGCCGUCCAGAGACGGCAGAGCCAUCCGAGGCCUCUCUGCGCCGCAGCGACUCCCCUGAAAUCCCACUGCAGGAGCAGCUGGGCCUCUCCAGAGGGACCGGGUUUCUUUCUCCCUCCUCUCCCAAGGACAGCCUGGUGGGCCUCCGGGUGGUGGCCAAGUGGUCCUCGAAUGGCUACUUCUACUCCGGCACCAUCACCCAGGACGUGGGGGGUAGCAAAUACAAGCUGCUCUUUGACGACGGCUAUGAGUGCGAGGUGCCUGGGCGAGACAUCCUCCUGUGCGACCCUCUCCCCCUGGAAACGGAGGUGACGGCCCUGUCUGAGGAUGAGUACUUCAGUGCUGGGGUAGUGAAAGGGCACCGGCAGGAGUUUGGGGAGCUCUUCUAUUGUGUCGAGAAGGACGGGCAGCGGAAGUGGUACAGGCGCACAGCGGUCAUCCUGUCUCUGGAGCAGGGAAACCGGCUGCGAGAGCAGUUUGGGCUGGGCCCAUAUGAGCCCCUCACCCCUCUGAGUAAGGCAGCGGACAUCAGUCUUGACAACCUUGUGGAGGGGAAGCGGAAGAGACACAGUGUGGGCUCCCCUGGCCCUUCCAGCCGGACAACGCCCCUCCGUCGUGCCCCGGACAGCCCCCAUUUGCCCCACCGGCUGCCGGCUAGCAAGAGAAAACUGGCUGCCUCAGAAGGGGAGCGGUCGCCUGCCAAGCGAGGGCGCCGGACGUCCACCGCAACUCCAGGGUCUUUGGGCGGAAGGGAGAAGGGAAGCCCGCUACACAGCGGAGGGGACUCGGGAGCCCCCUCGGCAGCUGAUGAUCAAUGGGGGCCGCUACCUCACAACAAGACCCUAUUUUUGGGCUAUGCUUUUCUCCUGACAAUGGCAAACCCCGUAGAGAGACUCUCCAGCAUCCCAAAGCCUGUUGUGAGCUCUGGAGAGGAAGAAGAAUUAUUGGAGACCACACCUUACAACCGAAGCUACGUCGAACGGCAACUGCAAGCAGGAGGAGGCUUCAUCCUGGAGGACUUCAAUGAAAGCCAGUGCAGUGCGGCCUACCAGUGCCUCCUGAUAGCAGACCAGCCUUGCCGCACUCGGAAGUACUUCUUGUGCCUUGCCAGAGGGAUUCCUUGCGUCUCUCACCUCUGGGUCCAUGACAGCUGCCAUGCUGACCAGCUUCAGAAUUACCGGGAUUACUUGCUGCCGGCCGGUUACAGCCUGCAGGAGCAGAGAGUGCUGGAGUGGCAUCCGCGAAAGGACCCUUUCCAUAAACUGAAGGUGCUUCUUGUGUCAGAUGAGCCCCAGGCCUUCUUGGAAUUUUGGUCCGAAAUUCUUAUGAUUGGAGGAGCGGCGUCUGUGAAGCAGCAGGAAUCGGCCGCCUGGAGCAAAGAGGUGGGGCUGGGUGUGUUUGACGUGGUGGUGACAGACGCCUCUUGCCCUGCUGCCAUCCUGAAGUGUGCGGAGGUGUUGCAGCUGCCCGUUGUGACACAGGAGUGGGUGGUCCAGAGCCUCAUUGCUGGUGAGAGAGUGGGCUUCAAGCAGCUCCAGUAUCAGCCUCAACACAGCCCCAGCUGAGGCUCCUUUUUCCGAUUUGGGGCACUGUGAAGAUUUUAGUUUUUUGUGUCUUAUUAACCUGUGCAUGAAGUGCUUGUAUAUAAUUUUAACCUCAGACUUACAUGGUGGAAAAAUAAAUACUGGUUUUCUUGUUGUG